AUGUCUUCUGUAUCAACCUUACCAUAUAUAGGAAGCAAAAUUUCGUUAAUUUCAAAUUCCGAAAUAAGAUAUGAAGGAAUUCUGUAUACAAUAAAUACGCACGAAUCGACUGUAGCACUACAAAAUGUUAGAUCUUUUGGAACAGAAGGAAGGAGACAACCUGAUAUACCACCAUCAAAUGAAAUAUACGAUUUCAUAAUAUUUCGAGGAAAGGAUAUAAAAGAUGUAACUGUUAGUGAGACUGCAAAAACUAUUCCUGAUGACCCAGCUAUAGUAUCUAUGAAUAUAGCUCCAUCAUCUAAAAAUAAUUUAAGUGAUAAUUUAAAUUAUAAUAACAAUGUCAACAUAAAUAAGCCUUUAAAGGUUCAAAAUAACAUGAUUCAACAAAAUGAUAGAAAUAUGAAUAUAAACAAUAGAAGAUUUUUUAAUAGACAACAUUAUAAUUUUCACUAUAAUAACAAUAACAGUAAUAAUAACCUUAAUAAUAACAAUAGUAGAAAUUUUAAUAAUUUUAAAUAUAAAAAUUUUAGAAAUUAUGAUAGACCUUACAUUAUUGGGGAAUUAGAAUCACAACCAAAUCCUGCUUUAAAGAGCAAAUUUAGUCCCGAUUUUGACUUUAGCACAAAUAAUUUGAAAUUUGAUAAAAGUACUAUAUUAGAUGAAAAGAAUAAAGACCCAUUAGUUCUAAGUAAUAAUCUUCAAGUAGGAGGCUAUGAUAAAAAUUCAAGUUUUUUUGAUAACAUAAGUUGUGAAACGUUAGAUAAACAACAAGGAAAGGAUGAAAAAGUAGACCGAGAAAAAUUAAGAAUGUUAGAUGUCGACACAUUUGGAAUAGCAGCAGCUCAUUAUAGAACCAGUGGACACAAUCGAAAUAACAAUAGAAACAAAAUGAGAAAUAAUAGGAAUAACAAAAUGAUGGGAAACUUCAACUAUAACUAUUACAACAGAAAUCCGAACCCCUUUAAUAGAUAUCCUGCUUAUUAG